AUGUCAGAUACUAGCCCGGACCGAGCUGACUGCAGAACAAGCGGGACUAGUACAAGACUGGCUUCUAUUCUUCCUGCCAUAAUUUCAGAGGAACAAGGGGGUUUUGUCCAGGGUAGAAACAUUCAUGAUAAUAUUGCCUUGGUUCAAGAAGUUGUUCAAGACAUAAACAAGAAAUCUCGAGGUGGGAAUUUGGUCCUCAAGCUGGAUAUGGCUAAGGCUUAUGAUUGCCUUGAAUGGGAUUUUCUAUAUCAAGUCUUGGCCAAGUUUGAUUUUCCAGAAGGAUGGAUUAGCUUGAUAAAAAAAACAGUGGAAAGCUGUUGGUUCUCAAUUGUCUUGAAUGGAGGGCCUACUGGGUUCUUCAAAUCUUUUGAGGGAGUUCGUCAAGGAGAUCCCCUCUCACCCUCUCUUUUUAUUUUAGCAGAGGAAGUUCUUAGUAGAGGGUUGAGAACUCUUGGUAGAGUGGAGUAG